AUGAGCGCAAACUAUCGAAGAUAUCGAAGCCUAGCGAGUGUGAUUCGCAUAUCCACGCCGAACAACCUACCUACCGUAUGCUUAAAGUGCGGCUCUCGAACCUCUGCCAAUCUAUUCGUUCGUCCGCUUGCGCGCCGCGCUCAUUCUAGUACUAGACUUAUUGAAAUCCAAGAAAUUGCAGCGAGCGAUUGUCCAAAUGCCAUUCCCGUACCUCGAAUCAGCAUCAACACACAUCAAAUUUUUGCUGGCGUAGUCCUAUCUCGCCCACCGCUCGUCACACCAGAUCUCCAUUCCUUUGAAAAGGCGUUCUUCUUCUAUCAGAAACGCCUCAAUGAACGUCUUGCCAUCCCGUUCACGCGCUAUUUCUACUUCAAGAAAGAUUCUCCAGCGGAUACCGACUGGAAAUUAAAGGCUUCUGAACGUGGUGGCGUUCCUGCAAAGGAAUUGGGAAGUUACAAAGCAUAUGGAAAAUUAGCCUGGAAUGAUGAGUUGCUGGAAAAAGAAAGACAUAUGGCAGAGCCUCAAUAUAUCAUUGAUCAACUAACAAGAGAUGCGCGUGUCGGUGUAACUGAAGAUGGCGUUGUCGUGCAAGAUGUCAAUGCUCGGGCAGAGGGAGUGGCAAAACUAAACAGCCGAAUAACGGAUGCAGAUACGACGAAUAAUGACCAAAGAUUGGAUCGAAAGUUGGAUCGAACGUUGUAUCUCGUCGUGCGAAACAAAGAUGAUAAUACGUGGGGAUUUCCCUCAGGAGGAGUGUCUGGUACGGAAAAUCUUCACGAAGCAGCCGAACGUAUUCUAGCCCAAUCCUGCGGUAUCAAUAUGAAUACCUGGAUUGUAGGCCGAGUUCCUAUUGCGUACAACAUCACUUCACCUAAAACAGUACCUGCCGAAAUACCAGCAAUCGAGGCUGGGCCUCGGCCUGAACAUGGUGUCCCUCACAGAAGUAAGGCUACCUUUUUCUUGAAAGGCCGAAUAAUGGCAGGCCAAGCCGAUCUCUUAAACAAUCAUUUCGGCUUAGAUAAUUAUCGGUGGCUGACCAAAGAGGAAGUAUCGAAACUUCUACCUCGUGACCUUUACCUUAGCGUGUGCAAUUCUAUGCACGAAAGGUGA